AUGAACUUACGAAGGGACGAGGGAUUUCACUUCUUUCUCGAUACGAUUUUCUAUGUUUUUGAACAUUGUCGUUUCUCCAGAAAGCACGAUGUUGGCGUCCAAGUCUCUGCGGAUAUCGAUGUCGCACGCCUUGAUGGAGUUGACGCAGGUCUCAUGGAUUCCAAGGAUUGUUUCGAUAGAAAGUACCUGGAAGAGAGCCUCUGGGCAGCGGAAACGCUCAUUUCCGAUGGUGAUGAGCUGACCAUCAGGAAGCUCAGCGACGUAGCAGAGCUUCUCCUUGAUGUCACGGACGAUUUCACGUUCGGCGGUGGUUGUGAACGAGUAACCACGCUCGGUGAGAAUCUUCAUGAAGUAGUCGGUGAGAUCACGUCCAGCAAGAUCGAGACGACGGAUAGCGUGUGGGAGGGCGUAUCCUUCGUAAACCGGAACGGUGUGGGUGACACCAUCUCCGGAGUCAAGAACGAUUCCGGUGAUACGUCCAGAAGCGUAGAGGGAGAGGACAGCUUGGAUGGCGACGUACAUGGCUGGAGCAUCGAAGCCUUCAAACAUGAUCUUAGCCAUGCGUUCAGGGUUGGACUUCGGGUUGAGUGGAGCUUCAGUGAGGAGAACUGCAUGGUCUUCUGGAGCAACACGGAGCUCAUUGUAGAAGGUGUGGUGCCAGAUCUUCUCCAUGUCAUCCCAGUUGGUGAUGAUUCCGUGCUCGAUCGGAUACUUGAGAGUCAAGAUGCCUCUCUUCGCCUCGUCUCCAACGUACGAAUCCUUAUGGACAGAGACGAGUUCGAGUUUGGACAGGCGCUGAAAAAUGUUUGGUUCCAAGUGUGGUUGGAUUAUAUCUCACUUCCAAAUGCAGCAGAACAGGAAGACCAUUCAGUCCAAGCACUCCAUUGCCCUUGUUCGGCACAAACGUUGCAACCGCUCGGAUUUGCUUGA